AUGUAUGGCUUUAUUUGCAUCUUUUUAUAAUGUUAAGAAGUCCUGUCAAAUAUAUGCGUAUUCAUGUAUUUUCUCUCAGGUAGGAGGAAGGCUCAAUUCAAGUCUGUCUGGAGGAAUGCACCAUUAUAUGCUGAUUGGAGGAAAGAAGAAUUUGAAGCUGUAAACAUGACCCUGGAUGCAGCCACUGCCCAUCCUGCCCUCCUUCUGUCUGAAAAAGGGAGACAAGUUACCUGGCAAGAAACAUGUCAAGAUCUACCCAGCUCUCCACAGAGAUUUGACUCCUUUCCCUGUGUGCUGGGUCAGCCACACAUCAGGUCAGGGAGAUGCUACUGGGAAGUACAGGUUAAAUUUGGACACAAACAUGAACACAUCAUAUCAAGAAUGGAGUUUGGUGCCACAAGCCAAGGAACGUCCAAGAUUGCUGGCAAAGCUUGA